UUGAAAAAUGAAAAAGAUUGGAAAUAAUUAUGUAAUAAUAAUAUUUUGUUUCCUUUGUUAAGAAAAGGAGAGACUCGCUCUCACUUCAAUGCUCCAUUGUCACUUGCUCUUUUCUCGGAUCUCUCUCUCACCCUUUCAUCUUUUUCUUCUUCCUCUUCUCAUUCUCUUCACAAUUUGGUGAAAAAUGGCACAAAUUUUGCUUCAUGGAACUCUCCAUGCUACCAUUUAUGAAGUUGAUAAACUUCAGGCUGGUGGUGGUGGCAAUAUUUUCAGCAUGAUCAGGCAAAACAUUGAGGAGACUGUUGGUAUUGGAAAGGGAGUUACUAAACUCUAUGCUACCAUUGAUUUGGAGAAGGCAAGAGUAGGAAGGACAAGAAUUAUUGAAAAUGAACAUACUAAUCCGAAAUGGUACGAGUCUUUUCACAUUUAUUGCGGCCAUUUGGCUUCAAAUAUUAUAUUCACUGUGAAAGACGAUAAUCCUAUUGGAGCAACUUUAAUUGGAAGAGCAUAUGUGCCUGUUGAUGAGAUCUUGGAUGGUGAGGAAAUUGAUAGAUGGGUGGAAAUUUUGGACGAGGAAAAAAAUCCAAUACCUGAGGGUUCGAAGAUCCAUGUGAAGCUGCAAUAUUUCGAUGUCACGAAAGAUCGCAGCUGGGCUCGAGGAAUUCAAAGUGCUAAAUUUCCUGGAGUUCCGUAUACUUUCUUCUCGCAGAGGCAGGGAUGUAAUGUAUCUCUUUACCAAGAUGCUCAUGUGCCUGAUAAUUUCGUUCCUAAAAUAUCGCUAUCUGGUGGCAAGACUUAUAAGCCUCAUAGGUGUUGGGAGGAUAUUUUCGAUGCGAUCACUAAUGCAAAACAUUUGAUAUACAUUACUGGUUGGUCUGUUUAUACCGAAAUUUCCUUGGUGAGAGAUUCUAGGAGGCCUAAGGCUGGGGGAGACGUAACACUAGGUGAGCUUCUCAAGAAAAAGUCUAGUGAAGGUGUUCGAGUUUUGAUGCUUGUAUGGGAUGAUAGAACAUCGGUUGGUUUGUUGAAAAAGGAUGGAUUGAUGGCUACGCACGAUGAAGAAACCGCACAAUUCUUCGAUGGAACUGAUGUGCAUUGUGUUUUAUGCCCCCGCAAUCCUGAUGAUGGUGGUAGCAUCGUUCAAGAUUUACAAAUUUCAACGAUGUUUACUCAUCACCAGAAGAUUGUGGUUGUGGAUAGUGAACUACCUCGUGGAGGGUCGGACAAGCGAAGAAUUGUGAGCUUUGUUGGUGGUAUUGAUCUAUGUGAUGGAAGAUAUGAUACUGCCUUCCACUCACUUUUCAGAACCCUCGACACGGCACAUCAUGAUGAUUUUCAUCAACCUAACUUCCCAGGCGCUGCAAUCACAAAAGGCGGUCCAAGAGAGCCUUGGCAUGACAUUCACUCUCGGCUUGAAGGACCUAUCGCUUGGGAUGUUUUGUUUAACUUUGAGCAGCGAUGGAGAAAGCAAGGUGGGAAAGAUUUGCUAGUCUCUCUUAGAGAGCUUGAAGAUUCUAUUAUUCCUCCAUCCCCAGUGAUGUUUCCAAACGAUCAUGAUACAUGGAAUGUUCAGUUGUUUAGAUCGAUCGAUGGUGGAGCUGCUUUUGGGUUCCCGGAGACUCCUGAAGAUGCUGCAAGAGCCGGGCUUAUUAGUGGAAAGGACAAUAUCAUAGACCGUAGCAUUCAAGAUGCAUAUAUUAACGCUAUUCGACGUGCGAAGAACUUCAUCUAUAUUGAAAAUCAGUAUUUCCUCGGAAGCUCUUUCGCAUGGAAUGGUGAUGAUAUUAAGCCUGAAGACAUUGGUGCUUUGCAUCUAAUCCCAAAGGAACUUUCACUUAAGAUUGCUAGUAAGAUCGAAGCUGGGGAAAAGUUCACCGUGUAUGUGAUCGUCCCAAUGUGGCCAGAGGGUGUCCCUGAAAGUGCAUCAGUUCAAGCAAUAUUGGAUUGGCAGAGAAGAACAAUGGAGAUGAUGUACAAGGAUAUCGUUCAGGCACUCAGAGCGAAGGGAAUCGAGGAAGAUCCUCGAAAAUAUUUGACAUUCUUCUGCCUUGGUAAUCGGGAGGUGAAGGAUUACGAGCGAGCACAACAGGCUCGACGUUUCAUGAUCUAUGUUCAUACCAAGAUGAUGAUAGUCGAUGACGAAUACAUAAUCAUUGGAUCUGCCAACAUCAACCAAAGAUCAAUGGACGGUGCGAGGGACUCUGAGAUAGCAAUGGGAGCUUAUCAGCCUUACCAUUUGGCUACAAGACAGCCAGCACGAGGUCAAGUCCAUGGUUUCCGCAUGUCGUUAUGGUACGAGCAUCUCGGCAUGCUUGAUGAAUCCUUCCUCCAUCCAGAAAGCGAAGAAUGUAUCGAUAAGGUGAAUCAAAUUGCUGACAAAUAUUGGGAUCUCUAUUCGAACGAGUCGCUCGAGCACGACCUUCCCGGCCACUUGCUUCGAUAUCCUGUCGGAGUUGCUAGUGAAGGAGAUGUCACAGAGCUGCCUGGAUUUGAAUUCUUCCCUGACACCAAGGCUCGGAUUCUCGGCGCCAAAGCUGAUUACCUCCCUCCUAUCCUCACUACUUAGUUUUUAUACUUUGUUCACAAUAUUGUGACUGCUUACUUACAUUAAUCUUUGUUUUUUAUUACUAUUUGUGGUUUGAAGAGUAAUAAUCUUUUUUGUAUUUUAUAUAUAUGUUGAGAGUACAAUAAUCUUAAUAUAUAGUAUGUAAUGUAUUUUUGGAAUUGUUUUUAGCUUUCUGAAGAUGGCAAUGAGCCAAAUACAGAUUUUUGUGUUGUUAACUGCUAUGACUUUAGCUGGUUUCUAAUCAGUGUUUCUUAUCUUUAAUGUCA